GGGAGUGCAUGAUUACACUACAGGAUAUUGCCAUGUUGAUUGGACUACCAGUAGAUGGAGAUGUAGUUACUGGUAGCACAUGUUUAGAUUGGAGGCGUGUAUGUUAUUCUCUAUUAGGACUCACUCCUGGAGAUACAGACAUAGAUGGCCAGCGCCUUCAUCUUACAUGGUUGAGUCAGAGCUUCCCUACUUUGGCACCAGAUGCUAAUGAGGAGUCUAUUCAGCGUUAUACUAGGGCUUAUAUUUUACAGCUCAUUGGAGGUUUUCUAUUUUCAGGAAAGUCUAGUGAUAAGGUGCAUCUUAUGUUUUUACCCCUUCUAGAGGAUUUUGAGGUUGCUGGUAGGUAUAGUUGGGGUAGUGCCUGUUUAGCUUGGCUUUAUCGACAGUUGUGUCGAGCCUCUCAUAUUGAUACACAUGAUAUAUCUGGCCCACUGAUUUUGCUCCAGUUAUGGGUAUGGGAAAGGUUCCCAUUUAUUGCACCUCAUCGUUUACGUAUAGCUCCACAUGAUGACCAGCUGCCUCCACCUCCAUUGGCCAUUUGGUGGAGAGAUGAGUUUCAGACUACUUCGAUUAGCAUGCACGUCUUAGCUUAGUAUAGGCACCAUCUUGAUCGACUUACAGCAGAUCAGCCUUAUGUUGAUGACAUGAAUGUUGGUCUUCCUGAUUAUUGUACUGCUGGGAAAGAUAUAUGGUGCACUAUCUCACCUUUGAUAUGUUUCCACAUAAUUGAAUGGCAUAGACCUGAUCGAGUAUUGCGUCAGUUUGGUUUUCGUCAAGGGAUUCCUCAACCAUGUGAUAAUGAGUCAAUCUUACACAAAUGUGAUAUGAGAGGUAGACAUGAUGUUGAUUGGACUACUCGACAUGGAGACUACAUUCGACGUUGGAGCUCUAGGCGUGAGCAUAUUGCUAGAGGCGAGAUGGCUAUAGGUUCAUUAGGGUAUCAUGAUCCAUACAUGGUGUGGUAUCGCUCCAUUACUAUUCGGUUUCUUACUCGGACUGGGUCCUUCCACGAGCUAUUGACUACCAGCAUACACCAGAUAUAUGAUAUUGCACCUCCAGAUGAUUUUCGCAUUCGCAGGCUAUGUACUACUGUAUUAGAGGCCAUACAUGAGAUGGAUCGCUUAGAUGCUCCAUUUAGUGUUGAUGCUACUACACAGCUCCAGCCUCCAUCAGGAGAUGUAUGACCUACACGACGAGGGUCUCGUACGAGGGAGAUUAGGCAUACACCAGCUGUUGCCCGAGUGCGACCAUCGACUGACAUUAGUCCACCACCUCAUCAGCAGCCUACAUCAUCCAUUACUCGAUCAGGAGGUGUACGGACUAGAGGGGGAGGGCCUCAUACGAGGAGUAGUCCACCACCUCAUUAGCAGCCGAUAUCAUCCAUCACUCGAUCAGGAGGUGUACGGACUAGGGGAGGAGGGCCUCAUACGAGGAGUAGUCCACCACUUUAUCAGCAGCCGAUAUCACCCAUUACUCGAUCAAGAGGUGUACAGACUAGGGGAGGAGGGCCUCAUACGAGGAGUAGUCCACCACCUCAUUAGCAGCCAAUAUCACCCAUUACUCGAUCAGGAGGUGUACGGACUAGAGGCCGAGGGGCUCAUACGAGAGGGACUAGGCAUACGUCUGUUCUUAGAGAUGCACCAUCGACUGACAUUAGCCUGCCACCUGUUCAGGAGACUCCUAUUACACCUAUGGAGGUGCCAUCCACUCCACCUGUAGUACCACUUGUUGCAUCAUCACCACCAUCGAUAGAGGCUACAUUGGUUCAUGAGGAGUUAGUUCAUAUAGCAAAUGAUGAUCAACAAGGACAAAAGACUAAUCGUGGUCAAGGACAUGGUCGAGGACGUGGUAGGAGACGUGGUCGUGGAGCUCAUGGAGGGUUACAUGUUAGCCCUAUAGAGCCAUUAAUGGAGCAUGCACAUCAUAGACGUCCACUACGGAAGAGGAAGGCUCCUUCGUGCGGUACACAUUGAGGAUGUUACUACAUAUGACUUAUAUUUUGGAUACUAUUAGUAUUUUGCAUAUCAUUAUUUUGGACAAAUACUCUAGAUGUAUGUUUUUACUUGUUAUAUUUUGGAUUAACUAACUUUUUAUUAACGUAAGUUCUAUAGUAUUCUAUC